GAUCCAGGAGCAGAGGAUAAUGAUGAUAGCUUGAAAACCUGAAAUAUAUUAUUGUUAUUGGUGAUACAUGAGUUUUCAUUAUUGCGUUUUGUAGAACUUUUUUAAGCUCUGUUUAGUUUGGACCUUAACAGAACCUUAAGUUUAGUAAAGUAGAAUCCUGCGAUGAGGAUCAUGAAGAAACCAAACAUCCUCCUCACAGGAACCCCGGGCGUAGGGAAGACGACACUUGGGAAGGAACUGGCUGAGAGGACCGGACUGACGUACAUCAAUGUUGGAGAUCUGGCCAAGGACGGUCAGCUGUUUGAUGGCUUCGAUGAUGAAUACCAAUGCCCUAUUCUGGAUGAAGACAGGGUUGUGGAUGAACUGGAGGACAAGAUGAUGGACGGAGGUGUGAUUGUAGACUACCACGGCUGCGACUUCUUCCCAGAGCGCUGGUUUCAAAUCGUGUUUGUCCUUCGAACGGAUAACACCAACCUCUAUAAUCGGCUCGAGAGCAGGGGAUACACAGGCAAGAAGCUGCAGGACAACGUUCAGUGCGAGAUCUUCCAGACCAUUUACGAGGAGGCCAUGGAGGCAUAUAAAGAGGAGAUCGUGCACCAGCUGUCCAGCAAUGACCCUGAUGACCUGGAGAGGAACCUGGAGCAGAUAACACAGUGGAUCGGGCAGUGGAUGAAGGACAAUAACUGAUGCAUAAACACUUAUCAUCGCACACUUACACACACACACACACACACACACACACACUGAUGGGACACACAUGCACCUUCAUGCACUAAUACGGAAUGAUUACAAAAGAUUAUGUUUCUCAGAGCACUCAUGCACCCAAAACAACUCAUGCAAAGAGGAGGAGACUAAUCAAAAUGCACCAUUCUGUAGUGAGACACAGUACACUCUUAGAGGAAAACAAAAUGGCUUUUCAAAGUAUACAUGAGGGUUCUAGUCUUAGAAAAACACUGUUGUAUGGUUCUAUAUAGAAACUUCAUGGCUUCCCUACUUGAAAGACUUGCUGAGGAACUUAAUAGUGUGUACUGAAUAUAACCGGAAAUUUUACAGUCUAUUUUACAAAUUUAUCCACAAAAUAAAUCAAUUCCAA